AAUGGCACUGUGAGAAUAAAGUGUCUUGCCAGCCCAAGAACACAAUACAAUGAAAGCCGGAUUAAAACUAUAAGCUGUACUUUCAACAUUCAUUUUUUUUUCAGUGAAGUUGUCAGUCUAAUUUAUCUCCUGGCAGAUAUUUUCCACCUCGUGAAGAGGUAGAACUUUUUCGCUGUUUUCUAGAAAAGUCUUAGACCCACAGGAUCAGUCGAACCUGUAUCUUUGACCAAGAAUCUAUAACGUACAAAUUGAUGGGGUUUUUGUUCAGUAAAUGCUUCAGUCGAACGUUUUUUUUUUUUCUAAAAAACCUUGCAUGACUUGAAAAUAUUGAAAUUGGGUUAUAAACUGUCAUGGUCUUGCUUUCCGACAGAGAACGCAUAGAAUCAUAUAACACAAUAAAAGAAAAGGAUAUUAAUGAAAAAUUCCGCUUCCGACAGUCGGCAUUGCUUCCGAUAACUGUUGCCCUGGGUCAUUCGAACUCGCCUUUUUUUAGCAGUAAACUACUAAACUACAUGACAGUCACGGUGUCUUUACUAGACGAUUUGAAUUACUUCAUUAUUAAAUAUUCCUUGUGCUGUCUGGUUUUCCUUUGCAGUUCCUAAUACCUUGAAAACGUCUGCCUAAUUUACAUGUUCUAGUAAAGUAUUCUUAGGUUUGUGCCAAUGUGUAAAUUAGUGGCUACCGUUCACAGUGACGAUGGUUUACUGUUGAUCUGAAACGGUCUGAAACGCUUUCUCACACGUUACUUAAUUGCAUUAUCACUUUGGCUUGUUAAACUUGCUUGCGAUCAUAACUGUGAAAUAAAUUUAAUUGAUUUGUGAUCAUAACAAGACAAUAAAUUUUUACCGCGAAAGAAAAAACAAACGCCAGAUCCUAGGUUUAAUUGAAAAUGGAGGACUUUUUAUUAAAAAAUCGUUUUCAAUGUUUAUUUAUCAAAAUUUCAAUGGAUGCGUUUGAAAUUUAUAUUUCUCAAGUUCAUUUUAGCUGUACUGUUGUCUUUUUGGUGGUUUUAGUUCACGUCCGCUGCUGGUCUCCAAUUUUGCGGUUCACUGUAGCUGUGACAGUUGCUAUAAAAUUCCGCUUUGACUAAUGAACUUUGCCUCGUUCGUAAUCAAUAUUAAAAACUCGAUACAAACUUUCUGUCUUAGCAGAAAGUAUAUACCAGAAUUAUUUUUGGUCUGUUUCGAAAACAGAUCAUUGCGACUUUGCAAACGAACCGCUCGCUUGAAUAUGACGUCUAUGUGGAAUGCUGCCGUCUUUGACGCGAUUCACCUCAGCUUGAAUUGUGUUUUAUUCAUGAGUUGACUAAAUAUACACGCGGGUACUAUUUUUAGUGGUAGGUAGUUUCACUUGGCAGAAUGAGUGGGCGAAUUGACGCAAUUCACAUUGCGGAAAGUCGUCACUUUAUGGACACAUAGUAUAACAAAAUAUGUUCUGCAUGGGGAAGAAAAGACAUUUUUCCUUCUUUACUUAAUGCCAUGGCGAGCGAAAUAAAGUCAAUGUCCGGUUAACUUUGAAGUGGUAUUAACUCUCUUUUCGGACAAAACACGUUAUAGGACUGUUGAAGUUAAUUUAUUUAGUGCUUUUCGAUUGAAACUCGGUAAAUUCACGAUGGUGCGAAUCUUUUUUGCGCUUCGCUGCCCAAAACCACUUGGCCCAAAAUAAAACUGCUAUUUACGGCGCGUAACAAGUGCUCAAUUGAACUGCCAAAUUAAAUGACAACACCAAUAUAAAAGACCCUCAAAGAGACUUGUAUUGUGUAUUGUGUUUGUUGACUUCUUGUGCUAUUGUUCGCGUCGAGAGCGGACAAAGACGUAAUCAUCGGAUACCAUGAUAUCGGGGUAAUUGGUUGUAAUCCGGUAUCACAUGACCGAGUGAACGCUAUAAGCGAAUGAGCUAUAAAUUUACUUCGCACCUCUAACGGUCUCUCAUGGUUCGCAGCACCGAUCACAUCAGCACGUGUCGUACAAACUGCACGGCUGUUACGAGCUGAAAUUUCAUCAGUCGGUCCAAAUUUGGUGUGGGUAAACUUCUCAAGGUUCGAACCGUUCCUUCUUUCAUCUUCUCGAUUUUGAGCUGAUUUUUGCCGAAACCACCAUGCCAAAAGCCUUCCUAGUGAAAAAGGCGAAGCGUCGUCUCGAUCUUGGCGAAGGAGAAAGCAGGACCGGUGCUACUGAUAUCGGUGACUUCUCUCAACGUUGCUCUUCAACGUCAAGAGACGAUAUGUUGAACGUCAAACACUACGAGGACACAUUGCGACGUUUAUACAACCAUCGUGUUGAAAGCACGCGUAUUUCACAUGGAGGAGGCAUUCCAAGGGAACAAAUCUUCGAUUCAUUCUCGCGAAACAGUGUUACAGGAGAAAGACUAAUGGAAAAUUGGCCAUUCAUGCCCCAUCGGAUGUUCUUCUUUCCACCGUUAUUAACACAAGGUAAUUAUUUCGCCGAACAUGCUGUGCCCAUUUCAAAGUUGCAAUCCUCUCAGACCUUAGAGGAUGGUCGAUCGUUACCAAGAAGAGAGAGUGUGUUAAAGGUAAAUCCUGGUCGGAAGACACCAGAUGAUGUAGAAACUCGAGGAACAGUCAGCAAUGAUAAGAGUGUACCGCCGCCGUACCAUUAUCUAGACACAACUUCGUCAAUAUGGUUACCAUCAUCAACUGGGUUCCAUACUCCGCCAAAAUUUCCAUUUCCUGAUAGAAAGAUAAACGGAGAGCGCAGUGAGAUUUGUUCGUUUGAUCACCGACCCUUUGGAGACGUUUUUGACUCACUGAAAAGAAAACGGAUGGACGAAGAAAGGGAAAUAUUGACCGGUAAAGGUCAUCAAAGAGCCCGCAGUGUAAGUCCAGAAAGUGUCAGCAAUUCGAUCGAACCAUGUUUCAGUCACCGAGAGGUGAAGCCCCAGAGAUCACUGGAAGAAAACAAGGGUCUAGAAAAAGACUCAGGGAUUAUUAAGAAAAGUUUGAAACAAGACGAAUCGAGCACAGUACAGAGUGAACAGAUCAUUGAUCGAAUGGAAUCUGAGCUGGACCUCAACGCUACCAGCCAACGCUGUCAUUAUGACAGGCGCAUGUCUGUGCCUUAUAUGAACAUAUUUAAUUAUCAUAGUGCGUACCCAGCGAGAGAGCGAAGGAGAAGUGCACCAAGCACGGUGUGGUUUCCUGCUGACUUGAGGACACCGGCAAACGAAGAAGCGGCCAGAGUUUUGAAUGGCUCCCUUGAAAAAGACGCCUGGAAUUCCCAGGUGGAGGGGGAACGGAACGGUCUCUUGCAUGACACUAGAGAAAAGACAGUGAUGUUAAGCCCGAAUGAGGUAGACAAGAAACCGAUAGAGUCCAAAUUCUCCUCUGAAAGGCACAAGGCUUGGUUACAAGAUGGCCUAGUCAGUCCGAAACCCAUCAGAGAGGACUACAGUGCUGUAAAUACACUGAUCACUGAUGGAAAAUCAAUCACUGAUGGAAAAGAUCCUAAGCGAGGCCAUCAAAGGAAAUCAGUAGAACAGGAACUGCGUAGUGACGAGAAAUCAAGAAGUAAUUCUCCAGAUCACAGUAUUAUCAAGAACAUAAGAAACUCGAAUGGUUAUCAGAAUGGUCGCAUUUCUGAACCUUUUAGCCCUGUGGAUAAAAGAGAAUGUGACAACUCCCCUGUUUCGCCUGCAUCUCCAGACAGUGUAAGCACGAGCAUAGUGGUGACGGAUGUGAAAAAAGAUGAUCUUGAAACUUUACUGCUGCCUAAAGAUGCAAAGCGGCGCGCUGUUGAAAAGCCAAACGGAAAGGUGUUUUCAGACCAUUCAACCCUUUGGCUGCUAAGUAAAGAAACUAAAACACCGCAAGUUAACGUUCGCCCUGAACUGACCGGAACAGCCUCAAGCCCGCCUUUUUGGGUGACGGCCAAUGGGGGUUUCGGUGUUCGACCUCAGAUUAGCAUGCUGGCGAACAAGUGUCGCGACGAAGCAAGCAAAAUAUCUUCAAACACCACCCACAACCACAGAUGUGAAAUCUGCAAUAGUACAUUCCCACUUCGACGGCUGCUCAACCGGCAUCUUAAAACUCAUUCGUUCUACAAGCGUUACACGUGCUCGUUCUGUGACAAGGGCUUCAACGAUACAUUUGACUUGAAGCGUCAUGUAAGAACUCACACUGGCAUCAAGCCAUUCAAGUGCGAACAGUGUGACAAGUCGUUCACUCAGCGCUGUUCAUUGGAGGCACACCAGACACGUGUUCACGGCGUGGUCCAUAAGUUUGGCUUCCGUGAGAGGCGUGCCAAGAUGUUCGUGUGCGAAGAUUGUGGCGCCACGUUCAAAGACAACCAAUCAGAAUUCAUGAAUCACGUGGCCAGCGCCCACCCGGAUAAAGAAAAAGUCCCUUGGGCGAAAAAAAACGGUAGACUUUGUUCACGAGUUAUAUCAUUUUAAAAAUGUCUCAAAGUUCUUGUUUUCGAUUUAGACACUUAAGACACCAUGACAUGCUGUCUUAAGUGAUUUUUUCUACCUUUUGAAGUGUGAGCUCUUGGCUUCAUGAUUAAAUUAAAUGGAAGUUUUCGUUUACUGAUAGACACUGAUUACGUUUACACCAUUUAAAACAUUGGAGACUCAGUUACAUUUAUUCAUACGUAACAGAACCAUUUAAACGUAAGCCAGUUAAUGCUAGUUGAAACAGACCGAAAGUAGUGGCUAGAAAAGCCAACACCAAUUUUUUUCUUACAAGAAUAUCACUGCUUUUUGUGUCGGUUCUCAAAACAUCAAUUCUCCUUACUGAGUGCAAUACACUUUAUUCAAUGUUACUUCUGAGAAUUUCUUAGAACAUUAAGAUAAUCUCUGCCAGUUAGGAGAGUCAAGAAGGGAAGGGGUUAAAAUGCCAAUUCCCAUGCAAUCGUUGCCCAAACCUUAGUCUCGUUCCCAUUGUUUGCUUGUGAUUUCUAGUCCCAGUGACCCAAAUUACAUUUUCCUAGUGAAAAACAGUAGGAAAGGCCCCUCUGUAAUGGUAGAAGUUCAGAAUUAACCCCUUUAUUUGUGGUGGAUUCUCACCGAUUUGUGGUGGAUUACAUUAACGUCCCCUCAGUUGAUGAUUUUCCCUAUUCUCACCACGUGACUGCUUGACAGUGUAUUGAUCUUGUAAGGAGAAAGUUGAUGUCUAUCACUCAUGGUAGUUAAGGGUUUAUUGUUCGAGCUCCAAAUGUUAAUAAUAGUUUUGAUUUUUGGUAUGUAGUAGAUUUUGAGUGAGAUCAUGUUACAAUCAAAUUAAAUUAAGGGGAAAUCAGUCAAUACUAUCAUGGUGAUAUCAAAAUAAAUUUAAUUUUGUUGAUGAUUCAGUUAUCCUUGUUACUUACAGAUACUGAGAUCUUCGCUGACCUUCUUGUUCUGAUCUCACUGCCCAAUAGACCUUUUUAGCUUGGGCGGUUUUUUGCCCC